CCCUAUCGGCGAAAAGGAAUUAGGGUUUGCACGGUGCAGAGAGCUUAUUGCCGCCGUCGAUCCGAUCCCGUCUCUGCAACUCUAUUCACCUGAAAGAAAAAUGGCGACGCAAAUCAGCAAAAAGAGAAAGUUUGUCGCUGAUGGAGUUUUCUUUGCCGAGCUGAACGAGGUACUGACCAGAGAGCUCGCUGAGGAUGGCUACUCUGGAGUUGAGGUUAGGGUUACCCCCAUGCGCACUGAGAUCAUCAUCAGAGCGACCCGUACCCAAAACGUUCUUGGUGAGAAGGGGAGGAGGAUUAGGGAGCUGACUUCUGUAGUUCAGAAGCGAUUCAAGUUCCCUGAGAACAGCGUCGAGCUUUAUGCUGAGAAGGUGAACAACAGAGGGCUCUGUGCCAUUGCCCAGGCUGAGUCUCUUCGUUACAAGCUCCUCGGUGGCCUUGCUGUUCGGAGGGCCUGUUAUGGUGUUCUGAGAUUUGUCAUGGAGAGUGGUGCAAAGGGUUGUGAGGUUAUUGUUAGUGGAAAGCUUAGGGCACAACGUGCCAAAUCCAUGAAGUUUAAGGAUGGAUAUAUGAUCUCUUCUGGCCAUCCUGUCAAUGAAUACAUUGACUCUGCCAUUAGGCAUGUUCUUCUGCGACAGGGAGUUCUUGGCAUCAAGGUCAAGAUCAUGCUGGAUUGGGACCCGAAGGGCAAGCAGGGUCCUACAACUCCCUUGCCUGAUUUGGUUACAAUCCACAAUCCCAAGGAUGAGGAAGAGUAUAUUAGGCCAGCUGUUGUGGCAACUGAGAUCGAGGUUCCUGUGAACUGAGUCCUAAUUGCUUAUCUGAAAGUCAUCUUGUGAUAUUUUGUUUUUUUUUUCGAGGACAUGAGUGUUUAGGUCUUUUGUUGCCAUUGUUUGGCCCAAAUAACUUCUUUAUUUUCUCUACUUUUCUUUAAUCUUUCAUGAAUCCACCUCAAUUUUGUUAUAUAUUUAUCAUAGUUAUCAGAUUUUCUCGAAUGAUAUAAUGGAUUAUAAAUUUGUGAUGAUAAU